AAACAAGUGCAGCGCAGGCAGGCACGCAGAGCCGCACGCUGCCCAGGCGCUGGUGGGAGGCGAUCACCAUGUUCUCUGAGCGAAACACGGCAGGGCUGUGCAGCCAGCUUCCUUCCUCGGAAACGCUGCUUAUCAAAGGCGUGCGGAUCCGGUAACGCGGAGGAAUGUGAAACGUGAAUUAAAGAAAAGCUGGUAACCAGCAGAGAAGAUACAAAAGCUAAAAUCACUAUGUGGAGCUGCGAAGCCUUGAUCAACAGUACCGAGAGCAGUGAGGACCAGCAUCUCUGCCAUGACUUCCACCUUGUGCUUUCCAUCUUUUCCCUACUCUACCUCAUUAUAUGUUUCCCAGUUGGCCUUUGUUACAAUGGCUUGCUGGUCCUAGUUAACCUCUACAACAAAGCUACUAUGACCAUGCCAGAUGUUUACUUUGUCAACAUUGCCAUUGCCGGCCUCAUCAUAAACACUCUGGCACCAAUGUAUCUUCUAGGUCUUGCCAAUACAAAAUGGGCCAUCUGGAAUUCUAACAAUGAAGUUUAUAUUACCUUACUUAUUUUAUUCAACGUCUCAUCUUUAGUUACCAUGUACUCAACUACAUUACUCAGUCUGGACUACUACAUUGAACGUGCUCUACCUAGAACUUACAUGUCAAGCGUGUACAACACCAAACACGUCUGUGGAUUCAUAUGGGGUGGUGCCAUGCUUACAAGUUUUUCAUCUCUCCUGUUCUAUGUCUGCAAUCAUGUAUCCACUAAAAUAAUUGAAUGUUCCAAGAUGCAGAACAAAGAAGCAGCAGAUGCCAUUAUGGUCUUUAUUGGGUAUGUUGUACCAGCUAUUGCUGUACUGUAUGCACUUGUAUUAAUCUUGCGAAUACGCAAAGAGGCAACACCACUGGAUCAAGACACUGGACGAUUAGAUCCAUCAGUGCACAGGCUUUUGAUUGCCACAGUCUGUACACAGUUUACCUUAUGGACGCCCUAUUACGUUAUUCUCUUGGUAAGCACAUUUACGAAUGCACGAGGAAGAAUUGCAGAUGAGAAUUACAGUCGAAUACUACAUUUUACCAAGAUUUUGUCAAAAUUCUUGGCUUUCUCAAGCAGCUUUGUAAUGCCUCUGCUCUACAGAUACAUUAACAAAAACUUUCCCAACAAAUUACGACGUCUGCUUAAGAAGAUACACUGUGGGAAUCAAGGGUGUUCUCAUGAGCACACAGUAGUACAGCAGGUCAUGACGUAGGUAUGGAAAAACCCUCUGCUGCUCUGUUAAUGCAGUACUUGCUGUACCAGUACUGGGACUGUGAUUUCGCUUGUUGGUACUCAGAGCCAUUAAUGUGAGAGUCCCAAGCAAUGGGCUAGAAGGAGCUUUCCAUUACAGUUCAAUGGAACAGUCUUAAUUUUCAAAUAGUUAACUGUUUGCUGAAAUCUUGUGAGACUCUGGCCUAUGUGCUGUAAUACCUGUGACAUCUAAUACUUUCGGUGCACUGAAUGGGUUACAAAGCAAAAACUCUGUCUUCAUCGCUCUAAUAUUCCUGUCUGAAGAAAUCACUAAGCAGUUUAUUGAAGUCUUGACUGAAGACACAGCACCUUGUAUCUUGUAUAGGAAAAGGUAUUACCUUACUUUCUGUACAAAGAAGUAAUAGUGCUAUCCUUGAUGAAGUAAAUAGCGUUUUUCAAUGAAGAUGAUAUAGAUGAUCUUUACUGAAGAUCAUGUUAUCCAAUUAUACAUGUCAAAAUAGUAAAUGUGAAUUAUAAAUUAAAUUAUUUAAUUUCUUUCUCUGUUACUGAAUCCCCAUGUUCAGAAUGUUCCCCAUUCUGAAUCAUGUUCAGAAAUUAUUUUCUCACACAAACUAACCUAGGUUUUAACAUUUAUGAUAAACUGAUUUUUUUUUUAGGUACAACAAAAACAUGUUUUAGUUUUCCAGUGCUUUGUUUGCAUCCUAAACAUUUCAAGAAUUCAGAAAUAUUUAUUGACUAAUUCUAAGGGAACUGAGAGAUGCCUGUUCCACAUACUAAAAUGAAGGACACAGUGGUUUACAAAGUUAAAUCGAAGUUUAACUAGUAAAGACUGUCUGGCUAAGUGUUAUGGUCCACAUAUGUUCAUGUAACAAUUAUCUUAAUAAUAAAUAUGUUUAUGAUUAACAUUUUGUAUUUUCAAGGGAUAUGUUUGCAACAAAUAAAUUAACAUCUCUUUAAUCUAGGGUAUCACUGAGGGUUUGGAAACCAUACCAAAUCCCUGAAUACAUACAAGGUUUAAAAAUGGGAAUAGUAUCUAGGAAUCCCAGUCAGGAUCAGCUUUUUGCUGAUCUCUCAGAAAUGGAGUGCCUCCCAGUGUGAUUCUUGAAUGCACAGUGAAGGUAUAGUUUCUGUAUUUCACAGGGGGAUGAAGAAAUCCAGUCGAGAUUGCCAAAUUUUACUGAGUAUAUGAAAUAUGUAAGAAACACCAACAAGCUGCAGGAAACAAGUUACCCGCAACACCAAACAAUGAAACGUUGACCCAAGAACCUCCUGUUCCUAAGCUGCUAUUGCAUUAUUAAUGACAGAGGGGGACAGAAGUUAAACGUAUACUCUCCCACUGGUUUGGGGGCAGCAAGACAUCUUUGUCACCCACUCUGCAACGCAGCAGAAUCAUUUCAUUGCUUAAUCUGUCGCAACACAACUCGAAUUCCACGUGACUUUACUCAAAAAAUCGUGCCUUUUCAAGCCUCUGGUAUAGAAAAAACAUGGUGCAAAUCCCCAAGUUUAACCUUUUCCCUUGCUUAUAGCACAAUUCUCAUCUGAUAAAGGGUCCUCUUAAAUUCUAAGUGGAAAGCAGGUGAGGGACAGCCUUUCCAAAUCUUUUCCCUUUUCAUCAAUGUUACUCAAGUAAUUUCUUCCCAUAGCUAUCUUUGCUUGUCUACUUCAUAUAGAAGCAUGUCUAAGUUGUCAGCAUCCUGGUGGAAAAGAUUUUCCAUUUAUUCUUUACUUUUAAAAUAGCUUUUCACUUACUAAUUUGGUUUUUUUUAAUCCUUAAAGACUGUACUAUUUAUCAUCUAUUUCUGUGGUAUUUUCUCCACACAAAAACUACCCAGCACAACUACAUCAAUUUACUUCAUAGUUUUAGCCCAUUGAUGAAAACCAUGUUAAGGAAUGAAGCCUUUAUCAUUGUAUCCCAUUCACAUAUUAAUUUGUUGUGCCUUUAUGCUGACAUGACCCUGGCUGCUCUGGUUGUUUUUUUUUUCCCUUGAGAGGUUUUCUGUGAAUUUCUACACAUCUUGAACAUUCAAACUCACUUCCACACAGAAGUGCUUAAGAAAGAAAUCUUUCCUUACAACUCUCAAGCAGUUAGGCCCCUCUUCUUCCCAUCUGAAGAAAAUUAGGUUUCCUAAUGCACCACAUUAAACCUCUCCUGUAAAAAUCUGUUAAAGAAAUUUUAUCCCAUUAUGCAGGAAAAUUCCAGCAGGGAGGAACUGGCUUAUCUGGUGUGAAUAGAGGCUUCCAGAACUGGGACACUGCCAGAACUGUGUGGCUGAACAGGCAGCAUUAAGUGCAAUUUUAACUUACACUUGCUCCCUUACUUCUAUUUCCCCCUUCUAUUAAGACAUCUUCCUGCCUUUCACAGGACUGUGGCGUUUAUUUCUGUUCCUUUCUCUCCGUGUGAAAUUCACAGUUUCACAUCAUGGAUCUUUCAUCAUUUCUCUUUUUCUCUCAUCUUUUGCACUUCUCUGCACUAUCUAUUUUCAUUUUGCUCCUCCGUUUCCACCCAUGCUUGGCCUUGUACACUCGGUACUGCUCACCACUCACAUUUACUUCAUUAGACUAACUCUUCUACGAUGACCCAAAUCUUAUUCAAUGAUUUGACAUUACAAAUGGAUUUAUGUAGCCAAAUCAAAGCUGCUAUUUGAGAGAUGGAGAAAGAACAAGUUUUUAUAUUAUUUACCCUUGAAAACUCAGUUUUUAGUCUUUUUCUAUUUUUUUUGUUACAGCAGUUAAGUAUAUACAUAUAUAUGUAUAGAUAUACUAAAUGUGAUGGCAGUCAUAUAGACAAAUUUCACAGUUUAAAAAGCAACUCUGAUAUCCACUCAACUUUUCUAAGAGUUAAUUUGAUAUAUUACUUGCCUCAAAGAAACUGUGCCAUGGAGCUGCCUGGCUGCUAUUCUCAUACGGAGAUUUUGAACUUAAUUGCAGCACCCUCACAUGGUAUUUCUUGAAAAAGCAGUAUCCCAAAAAGUGAGAACUUUGCAAUAUCUAUAUAAAGAACAGCAGAUGAGCAAGUGCAGUAAAAUACUUCAGGAAAUACAUGUAUCAUACAUAUGAAAGAACAUUUAUGGAAAAUCUUUAAUAUACAAAGUUCUCAUAAUGGAGCCUUUCCAUUUCAAAUGCCUGAAGGUUUCUGAUGACUGUAAAUAGGGGCUUAUCUAUUCUGCAUUCAAAUAUAAGUAAAACACUGUAUAUAUGCAAGAUUAAAAAAAUCAGCCUACUGAUGUAUAAGGAAUUCACGAAGAUUUUAUUAAAUUAUUUCUUAAAGCACAUUAUUGGAAUGUAAACCUCUGAGCAGGAAGUUGUACUGUAUGUUUCUGAAUGUAUAUACUGUAUACUAGAAAUUAAGCACUAGUGAAGUGCCAUUAUUAACAGUGUUAUUUUCUCACAAAAUUAAACUUGGUAUUUGAAUUGCUCUGUGGCUUACAGCCCUCUUGUCGAGCUGCCAAUCAAGUCAAUUCAAUGAACUAACAAAAAUGUUGUGCUCUGCUUCUGCUUUAAUUAUUAAUGUAGCAAGCUCAAGACAGGUCCUCAUUGGCUAUCCGAGUAGAGGCCCUACUUUCGAAAGCUUCCAUUGGAGAAUCCAGCUGAGCUGGUCUCUUAAGACAUAAUUUCAGUUAAUGGAAGAAAGUGAUCAAUCACUAGAAAAUUUCUGUUUCUAUUAAAAUGAAGAGAUAUGGCCUCCAAAAUGAUGUCAAAAUACUCUAGAAAUGGACUUUCUGCAAAGCAUCACAAAGGAGCUAUUGACUCUAAUACAUUCUCAAUAAAAAGUGUUCAAGUGUA